UCCACCAUCACGUGCCGGCCUGCCGCUGCCGCGUAGCUUGGUGGGGGCGGAUCUGCCAGGCGCCGGGCAGGAAGGGAGGCGGCUGUCGUGCCAUUCUUAAAGGGACCCGAGGGAAGGCGAAAGGCUGCUGACGCCCGGAAGGAAAAUGAGUGAGUCUUUGGUAGUCUGUGAUGUUGCUGAAGAUUUGGUGGAAAAGCUGAGAAAGUUUCGUUUUCGCAAAGAGACGAACAAUGCUGCCAUUAUAAUGAAAAUUGAUAAGGAUAAACGCCUGGUGGUGCUGGAUGAAGAGCUUGAGGGCGUUUCACCAGAUGAACUUAAAGAUGAACUACCUGAACGACAACCUCGAACCUUCAUUGUAUAUAGUUAUAAGUAUCAACAUGAUGAUGGAAGAGUUUCAUACCCUCUGUGCUUUAUUUUCUCCAGUCCGGUUGGAUGUAAGCCUGAACAACAGAUGAUGUAUGCUGGGAGUAAGAAUAAGCUAGUCCAAACAGCUGAACUCACCAAGGUAUUUGAAAUAAGAAAUACUGAAGACCUAACUGAAGAAUGGUUACGUGAGAAACUUGGAUUUUUCCACUAAUGUGAACUUCUGUGUUUCUAAAGUAUUUAUGUAUUAACCUGACCAUACUGGAACCAGACAUAAAUACUUAUUUAUGCCUAAAAAUGCACUGUUAUUUACAGUUUGUUACCUGCAGUAAAGAAAAAUUCUUCAUUUGUUCAAAGUUUGAACAAAGGGGAAAUCAUCUUCAUAGUAAUGAAACUUUGUAAAGUGUUUCCUUAUAUUUGUAAUUGUUAGGUGGACUACUUCUCUCCAGGGACUUUUUGCACUCUUGUGACUAAUUUCUAUAACUUAUGGUUCAGAAUUUGUUACUAUUUACAGACACCAUUGGAAAGUGGGUAUUAGAUUGUGAUAGACAACAGUUGCCUCCUUUUGACAAAUACUGGAUAUUAGCAGUUUAUAUAUGAAAAUAGCAUAUUAUCACUUGUCAAAUCUUUGAAAUCAAUUUGGGAUAAAAGACUUGAGUGACCCAAUUUUGAGCCAUGAAUAAUAACUUACUAUAGUAUAAUCUGCAUUACAAGCAUUUUUUCAUCAAUUCCAUGCCUUCUUAAUUUUCUAUAUCCUUUUAAUUAAGUCCAGAAACUUUUCAUCAAUCGCUUGUUCUUAAGGUCUGUAAGUUAGAUUUUAUAGUAAAGUUAUGACUAUUAGGUUCUCUUCUUAUGGAAAAUAGUAUUUUAGUCUUAGAAAUUGGUGGAUUGUAACUAAUCAAGGGCCUCAUUCCUGGUUGUGUCAUUUCUAUAUCGUUUGGAAUCUAGGUUAAUAACACUUUAUUUAUAAAGCACCUUUUAAUGUUGUCCUGUGAAUACUAGUUAUUUUACAUGUGUUAAUACUAUGCCUUUGAUUUGUUAGCUUUAAAUUUAGUUUAAGACUUUUACACUGCCAGUAUUCCAGAUUUUGUGAAAUUAAUACUUUUGUAAAGGGUCCAAGUAAAACAAUUUUCUAAUAUGUGUAUCUGAAAUUUGUAAUAAAAUCAACGUGAUAUUUUAAAUUCCAACUAUCUACUUGCAUUGGUGAAUAUAUGGCAGUUGAGAGUUAUAAUUUGGGGCAUAUUUGUGAUUAGUUUUGUGCCAUAGGAAAAAAAAUGGUUAUCUUAAAACUUUGGCCAUAGUUAAUAACAUUAACACAUCAAUAGAAAUCUCAUCUUACAUCCUAAAUGUCAGAAUAUAUUCUAAACUGGACACCUGUCUUGUUAGAUGAUGGCAUCCUUGGCAUUUUUAAAGCAAGGAUUAUGAUAUAUAGUGUACUUUAAAAACAUAUGAGUGACUGUUUAAGAUUAUCUUGACAUUAAUUUGACAAAAGGUCUUGAGACUCUAAAGACUACCCAGAUUUGGUGAGUGAAUUCUGAUAUUAAGAAUAUCUUAAUAAUUUCAAAACUAGCAAAGGCUUUUUUUUAAUGUUGGUGUAUCUCCCAUUCAUAUGUGCUUUGCAUUUUUUUAAGGUUUCUGUGCCAACUUUAAUAAAGAGGUAAAGAUAGUUGGAAUUUUCACAAUAUUGAAUCUUCUAUUCCAACACUGUUUGGCUUCACUAAUCUAAAAAACAGGAAGCAAUAGGAAGUUAGUUGGAGGUGAGGAAGUGCUAGAGGGGCUAUUUGUUUUGGUUAAUGAAUGGGAAGGGUUCUUUAUUCCAAUUUCCAGAGAGAGAGAACUUCACCCAGGAAGUUUAAGAAUUCUUUAAACAGCUAUUUUGAUAUUGGAGAAUAAUGCUUAUAAUUCUGCAGAAGUGCAAAUGUAAUCCAAGUGACUGGACACUUCUUCUAAUGUUUGUGAAUGAAGGAAAUGAGAUUUUGUUUCAUCAGGUUCGCAGCAAUAAGAGAAUCUAGGGCUGCAAGAAUGUAUUUUUUAGUGAGGUUCCUUAUUUUGUCUUGCAUGUUUUAGGUGUUUUUUUUUUUAUUUUUUUAUUGGAAGGUCCUCCAUAAUGUCUGAUAAUAUUGACCUCCAUACACAGAACUCUUAGCUCCCCUGUUCUCUAACAGGGACAGAGAGCUGUGAUAAACCAUGCUUUUUUGAGCUUGUCUGACUCCUUAUUGAUAACAUGUAUUUUUGCAAGACAAUAGAUGAGGUUAGGGGGAUCAGUGGAACAUUUUUUUCACUUCCUUGGUCCUAUAGGGAGAGUUAUAGGUUCCUUGACCUACAGUGUUUUUUGUUUUUUAUAUAUAUUUCCCUUUCAUCUAACCAAAUUUUGCAUUGUUCUUUUAAAGUAUAUUUCCUAUUUAAUCUCUUUUUCUGCCUUCUCCCUAAUAGUAACUCCAGAUUUUGUAAUUCCGGUUUUUACAUUCCAUUUAUGGUACAGCCAUUCCCAUUCAGCCUUCAAACUUGUCUUUCCUUUUUGGCAGCAGCUUUUUUCCUGGGAACCUCCUUCAUGGUCUUCUAAGUCACCAUUAGUUUUGAAAUUGUUGGCCUUGUAUAAGCUCUGCAUAGCAUCUAAUGUUGUCAAAAUAGAACUGAUUCGUAAUGACAGCAUGUUUUUUAGUAUGGUUUUUGUGGCAACAUAAAUGACAUAUGAAGAAAACUGUUCUCAGGUGACUAUGCUGAAAUUCCAAAAUGUCAAAGAGUUUUGAAUAGUAUUCACUUUGUUCUGGUAUUGAAGCAGUUAUGUUAGGAAAAAAGUUGUUUGACUGGCUGUUCUUGUUUAAUUGACUUCUAAAAUAAAUGUUCAAAUUGUCUAUUUCUAAAAAGUUUACUAAAUGCCUAGUGCAGUUAAACAUACUCUUGUUUAAGAGGGUGUUGCUGAAUUUUGUAUUGUCAUUACUAAAUGAUCUUUGUAGCAAAAUGUCAGCACUUUUCUCUCCCUUUUUGUCUCCUAUUUUCAGGAGUCGAACGUAGCCAUAAACUGUAUCCUGGUCUGACACUUUAAAAAUUUUCCAGUUAAAGGAGUUUAUUGCCAAAUUAAAUUUGGCUGUCUUUGUUCCCCACUCAUAUAGAUAGUAAGGAAGGGGUUCUUAAAAAUAUGUCUGGACUACCUUAAAACACUAGCAAUGUCAUUAAUCCAUAAUGUGGACUAGUGAUGAAAAGAUAUUUUCAUAAGAGUUUAAAUGCUGAUAUUUGGUGGAAGUAGAGAGUAACUCGUAAUCUAUCAAUUCAAAUAUUCUUAGUAUGGUUGCUUUCCCUGUUUGUUCAAUAGACUGAUAAUACUGGAAUCUACAGAAUUUGAGCCUUUACAACUUAUGUGAAGAAGUGUCUCAAACAUUUCUGGACGAAUCUUAUUUUGUAUUUCUGGAAAAAUGUAAGUCUUUCAGGCCACUUAACAUCAGUGCUCCCAAGUUGAAUAUUCUUGAGAAACUUGUUUCUUAUUAUGCCAUUUGACAUUUCAAAUCAGUGAUCAUCUUCCUAUGAUAUUUAAAACAACUACAUUAAGGUUGUGAUAGAAAUUGUGUUUUCUUGCUUUUUGGAGUAUAGUUCAUACACGUGUAAUUACUUGAAUAUUGUUUGAGAUCACUAACAUGCCAGGGUAGUUCCCACUGAUUUAGGUGGUCCAAUGUAAUCUCAUUCAGGAGGCUUGAAACAUUAAUGGUUUAGUCUUGUGAAUUUUAACAGUUUCCUGUCAUCGUUUAACAAAAUCAACAGCUGGCACAACUUCUGAAGCUGUGGUUUCAGUCUGUGCGAGUUCAUAUUGCAUGUUUAUUUUGGACAGUCUUCUGUUAAGCAUGGUGCUUGUACUGGUUUAAAUAAAAUGUUAACAUGAAAGGA